UUUGACAUUAAUUCCUAUUUAAUUCAACACAUCUUUUGAUUGUUUAAUUUGUGUGAAUAUCGUGUAACUAAAUGAAUCUCAUUUUAAUUCUCACAACAGUUUAACUCAAAAACACAAAACAAUUGCAAAAUGAGCUCAAAGAAGAAGGUGGCGAUCAUUGGUUCAGGAAAUUGGGGUUCAGCGAUCGCAAAGAUAAUCGGCGCAAAUGUGACCAAAUUUCCCCAUUUCGACAAUGAGGUGAAGAUGUAUGUCUACGAAGAACUCAUUGACGGCAAGAAAUUAAGUGAAAUCAUUAAUUCACAACACGAGAAUGUGAAAUACCUUCCGGGACAUACUCUGCCCAACACUGUGAUAGCAGUUACCGAUGCGGUCGAGACGGCUAAGGACGCCGACAUUCUGGUGUUUGUGGUUCCGCACGCUUUUGUGCCCAGAAUUUGCAAUUCACUGAAAGGCAAAAUCAAAUCAACUGCUGUCGGAAUAUCUCUGAUUAAGGGUUUCGGUGAAACACCAAAUGGAGGAAUAGAACUGAUAUCUGAUGUGAUUAAGAAUAUAUUGUCCAUCGAUUGUGCGGUUCUGAUGGGCGCUAAUCUGGCCGGAGAGGUGGCUGAAGAGAAGUUCUGCGAGACUACAGUCGGCUGUCGGAACAAAGCCAAUGGAAUAGUAUUCAAAGAACUGUUCCAAACGGACAACUUUCGCGUGACUGUAGUUCCCGACACUUAUUCCGUUGAGAUUUGUGGCGCUCUUAAGAAUAUCGUGGCGAUGGCUGCGGGCUUUUCUGAUGGUUUGGGUUAUGGCGACAAUACUAAGUCGGCUGUCAUUAGGAUUGGACUCAAAGAAAUGAUCCGUUUUAUCAAAACCUUUUAUCCGGACGGCACACAAGACACCACAUUCUUCGAGUCAUGCGGUGUCGCAGAUCUCAUCACAACCUGUUAUGGCGGAAGAAACCGCAGAGUGUCCGAAGCUUUUGUCAAAUCUGGCAAAACGUUGGAUGAGUUGGAAAAGGAGUUAUUGAACGGACAGAAAUUGCAGGGAUUUCAGACCGCAUGCGAAGUGAUGACAAUGCUUAAGACCAAUGGACACGUCGACAGAUACCCACUGUUUGAAGCCGUUUACCUCAUUGGCCGCAAAGACAUUCCCCCCAAAGAUAUGAUGGAAUACUUGCGUCGAGAACCGGAAGACUUGUAAUGAAUAUUUUAAACAUAUUUUUGCCAUAAUUUGUUCCAUUAAUUGAGUAGAGAAUUAGGUUAGGGUUUGAAUGAAUUAACAAAGAGUGUUGAGCUCGAGUGAGUCUGUGCCUAAAAAAUUAUGUUUAGGUUUUUGCAAACACUAAUAAUUUUAGCAUUGGUUGUGAAAUAUAUAUUAUUUUAAUUAUAAAAUCAAUUGUUUUGAAAACGUUAACAAUUUGUUUAACAGAAAGGUUUUAAGGUUUUUCUCUUUCUUUAUAUCAUAUUAUAGUUAUCGAUAACUUAUCGUUAAGUUUUCUAACGGA